AGGUUGAGGUGCAAAUAAUGUCCAUCACAUCAUUUGUUUAUUUGCCUCGCCGCUGGGCAUCUUUUCUUUAAUUGUAGUGUGAAUGCCAUGUUUAUUUGCGAAACUCUGACAUCUCCUUUUAUAAAUAUCGAUACCACUUAGCAUGUGCUGUGUCUGAAGAAACUCUUGUGUGCUUCGGUUGUUGAAUCUGCACAGCCGUUUAAUGCCAGCCAUACAAGUCCUCAGGGGUUUUAUCCGAUUCCCUUCUCUACCAAGACCCACAAUCUUCAGAAAUUCAACAUGGCAGUAUCCUUUUCCCUAACCUCACUCACCAAAAACUCUCAAUUUUCUCCUUCCAAAUUGAAAAAGCCAACAAAAAUCUUCAAUCUACUCAGAAACCCCUCCAACUUCAACCUAGGGUUCACCUCUUCCAUCUCCAAACCCUCACCUCUCUUCGUCUUCACCAAAUCCUAUUCUCUCCCAAGGUUCGCUAACAAAACCCAGAAGUUUCUCCCCAAAAACCCAAAUCAAAUUCGCUGUCUCUUCACUGGCAUCGUUGAAGAAAUGGGCCAGGUCAAGCAACUGGGUACGGCUGAUCAUGGUGGAUUUGAUAUGACAAUCGGUGCUCAAACUGUCCUCCAGGACGUCCAUCUUGGUGACAGCAUAGCUGUCAACGGUACUUGCCUAACUGUUACUGAGUUUGACAAUCGACUGGGAGAAUUCAAAGUUGGAAUAGCCCCUGAAACCUUGAGAAAAACUUCCUUGAGCGAGCUGGAACCCGGAUCUCUGGUCAAUUUGGAGCGGGCGAUGCUACCCACGACCCGAAUGGGUGGGCAUUUCGUGCAGGGGCAUGUGGAUGGGACAGGGGAGAUAGUGGCAAUGGAUCCAGAGGAAGAUUCGUUGUGGGUGAAAGUGAAGGUGAACAAGGAGUUGCUCAAGUAUGUGGUGCCAAAAGGGUUUAUAGCUGUGGAUGGUACAAGUUUGACUGUAGUGGAUGUGUCUGAUGAGGAGGGAUGUUUCAAUUUCAUGUUGGUUACUUAUACACAGCAGCAUGUGGUGAUUCCUUUGAAGAAAGUGGGGCAGAAGGUGAAUUUGGAAGUGGAUAUUCUUGGGAAGUAUGUGGAGAGGCUGCUUAGUUCUGGUUUUUUGGACUCCAUCAAGUCAAAUUGAUGCACUAUAAAGGUACAAUAAUUUUGUUUGCAAUUUAUUGUACCAUUAUCUUUGUAAUUUUCCUUCCUUUUAUUCCAGACAAUAAUCACAAAUUCUGAAUAAAGAGAAGGAUGGAAUGUUGACUGCUGCUGUUGUUAUAUGGA